AUGACAGCAAAGCAUUUUCCGGAAAUUUUCUUUGAUCUUCAUAUGAACGAAGAAGAAUUGGUUUCAUUGAUUGAAGAACGAUUUAAAACAGUCUUCUUUGAAAACGUUUCCGAACCUCUCAAAAUUAAAAGACUUACAGGAGGCAUUACCAACCGAAUUUACAAAGUAGAUUUCAACGGAAAACAAGUAUUGUGUAGAAUUAAUGGUCUCUCUACAGAAAAGAUUAUUGAUCGAGAUGUUGAACUAUUUCAUAUGCAAGAAAUGCAUAAACAUGGACAGGGACCGCAAGUCCAUUGUGUUUUCAAGAAUGGUUAUAUCUAUGAUUUCAUUGUUGGAGAAUGUACCUCGACCGCUGAAUUGAUGGCCGACAAGUGUGAAAAAAUUGCUGAAAAAUUAGCCAUGUGGCACAAGAUGAAUAUUGAAAAGGAGAGUCGAGCACCUGUGCUUUGGAAGUUAAUUAACAAGUGGGUCGAUAAUGCAAAAGGAUUUGAAUGGAGUGAUCUCGACAAGAAGGAAAAGUUUUCUCAAUUGAAUUUUGAAAAAGUUGUGGAACAAUGUGAAUUUCUCCAAAACAAGAUUUUUAAUGUGAAAUCCACACAGGUGGUAGAUCCAAAAGAUUUGAACUCGGUUCUUGAUUUAUUUUCUGUUGGGUUUUGUCACAAUGAUUUGUUGGCAUUGAACGUUCUCUAUAAUGAUCAAGAUGAUUCUGUUCACUUUAUUGAUUACGAAUAUUGUGGAUAUAGUUAUAGAGCGUUUGAUAUUGGAAAUCACUUUGAUGAAUAUGCUGGAUUUGAUUUGAAAAAGAAUGACUAUCCAACUCGUGAAACUCAAACCAAAUUUGUGAGAAAGUAUCUUCAAACCAUGUAUGAAGGUCCAUCGUCACACAUUUCUGAUGAGAUGGUUGAAAAGUAUAGAACGGGAAUUCAUCUCUUUGCAUGCAUUGGACAUAUUUAUUGGGGUGUUUGGGCGAUUAAUCAAGCUAAAUUUUCUGAUAUUGAUUUCGAUUAUCUAAGCUAUGCUAAGGGCAGAUUCGAAUGGUAUUUUGAGGAGAUUGGAAAGGUGGAUUUUGACAGCUUGUAA